AUGAAUGAAUUUUUUGAUUCUUCUACAGACAACAAUCGCAAAAGAGAAAUAGGUAUUUGACUUAACUAAGUGAACUGGUAUACUUACUGGCAAAUGAAGGGGUAUGUGGGAUUAAGCCCUAAGUGACUUUUGAUGCAGCAUCAACUUCUCGCUGUGUUUCAAAAUGGAAUAUGAGACAGUUUGAAAGGAGAAUCUAGCAAUUGAUAGUCUAACAGAAGAAUUAUAUGAUAUUAUUUCAUGCAUUGUUUUAAAGGAUGAGAAGUAAAACAUAAUUGUCCUUAAAUCAUUUUUUAGUGAUUUCAUGUUUUUGAAUGGUAUUAUUAUGAUUGUAAAAUAGUGAACUACUUCUCAAUGAUAAGCAAUAAAGGUUUUCCUUUUUUGUUAUUCUACAAGCCAUGUGUUUCAAGUUUGUUAUGGUGGGGUGAAGCAGGAAGACUUUCAAAUUAUCUACCACAUUAUUCUUGUCCAGGCAAAUGGUACAAAGUAUUUCCCCUUAUUUGGCAGAUUUUUGAGGAUUCUAUUGAGAUUACAGCCAGAAGAAAUUUUUUUGUAUUACAAGGGGUACAAAGAAUGAAGUCAUAAGUGGUUUUUGACAUAACAUCCAAAUUCUCUCUGUCUUACAAAGAAAUUCUAGAAAUUUUGGAGGAAGAUCUAGCUGCUAUCAUAGUCAUUUAAGUCUUUUUUAUACACCCUUUUCGAUUAUAAUUAUAGUUACCUCCUGAUAAUCAAUAUUAUUACUGCUUUGUUGGGCAUUGUGGUGCAUUUAGAGGGCUAAAAUGGUCAUUUACAUUUUAAUAGAGAGAGUAAGUUUGUAAAGAAACUGUUAUGGUGAUACUGCAUUGGUGGGAGAGUUUAACAGGGUAGUUUAGUACUAUCAACUGAGUUUAUAAUGUAAAUUGGCCACCAUAAAGAGUUUAAAAGUUGACAUUUUGAGGGUUACCCCUUUUUCAGAGCUUAACAUUAUCAACUCAGUUGAUAAUACCAAAUUACCAUUAACAUUUUAGCUGUGUUGUACCCUGGUUGAUUGUUAGGAAUGUUUUGUUGUCUUUUUUUUUUUUUGGUUUUUACUUUCUCAGUGCCUUCCUUAAGUGAUUAUAAUAAUAUUGACAUUUAUGUUUUGGGACUGUCUCAGUUUACCCUGAGCUACUAGGUAUGGUUUAAAACGACUCUGAGUCAGGCUCAAAACCAAAGUUUUAGCAGUGGACAAAGACUGUUGUUUUAAUAAUUUAACAGUAAUGAUUUUGUCUCUUCUUAGAACAAGUUUUACAAAACUUUAGCCAACAAUCAGGCGCAUGGCACCACUGUGUGUAUUUUAUGAACAACUGUUCAAAUCAGUAUGUUCUUAUGUAUGCAGUUUCAGUGUUUGAGGUUAGUCAAAAAUGUUUUCAUCUAUUUAUCAUAUAAUCAUGAAAUAUCUAUUCAGUACCUGUCAUUUAAUACCCAAAGCUUGACUUUUUUAAGUGCCUUUGAGGUAAUUGAUUCUGAUCUCAUUUGCAAAAAAAGGCACCCGAUCACUAAGCAAGUGUACAGUGCUCUUUGUUUAUACACUAGGUCUCAAAUAUCCUCUUAAGAAGCUCAAAUACCCUCUAACAAGGCUCAUCUGUCUAGAAUUGGCUUUUCUUAAGUGCCACUUGUAGUUAAAAAGACCAUUAAGUCAGGACAAACCUGUAGAAGGUUCAUUUAUAUGGAGCUAAAGGUGAGAUAACUCAGGAAGCAAUCAAGGAUGAUGUGAAUCAUGAAACCAGUGGUGCAGCCAUAAUCAUUAUCACACAGUACUAAGUCUGACUUUCUUAUUUUAUCAGUAUCUCAGGGAAACUUUAUCAAUUAUUGACUUGAUUUCUGUAUCAUAGAAUCUCAUUAAUAAACAAUGGAUAGGAACACAAGCUGGAGAUAAGGCUGAGGUCCGUCAUUUUCUCAAUGAUUAUCUGUUGUCAUAUCACAAGAAGCUGCCAUCAUACAUCAGAAACAAGCUUAUUAAAGUUAUUGUCGAUAUUGGAAGGGUUGACUGGCCACAUUUCUACCCAAACUUUUUCUCAAGUAUUAUAGAGGUAAGUUCUUUUUUCUCUGUUCUGUUGAAUUAAAGUCACUCUUCUCACUUGCAUGUAGUUUGUACAGUGUAUCUCAGAGGCACUUAGCCUAAAAUACACAUGAACAGCAUAAUUAUUUAAGAAAGUGUGCAAAUGCGUGCAACUUUUCAAACUGCAUUCAAAAAUGCAUUCAAAAGAAGUGUAUUAAUAUGUAUGUGGCAGUCUUUUGUUUUACUAUUACUCACCCUAUAAAUGAUUUACUCUUUACUCACCCUAUAAAUAAGUCCUCUCUCAAGGUUUUCUCCCAUUCAAAAACUGACAGUUAUUAAGGCUUUCAUACCGUACACACAUGUACAUAUUUAUGAGUAAUUCCCUCUUACUGAAGAUUUAAAAUGCACUGACCACGCUAACCCUGAGGAUGAUUCACUGCCAAGGAUUAGUUUAUCUAAGAGCCAUGUUGUGUUUUUCUUUUUCAUAAUUCAGUUACUUUAUAAAGAAAACAUAACUCCUUCAUUUAAUGACUUACAUGUAGGUAAAGGUCACCAUCUUUCUCAGAUGUGCUCAAUGUUGCAGAUCUUUGUACCAAAUGCAAACUAAUUAAUUAACUUACAUUGCCAACAAGUUCUGUGGGGCCUGGUAAACAAGGCAUUUGACGACAAAUCAUAAUUUGCAGGGUUUCAAAUUUUUUAAGGAGACUCAAAACUGUUCUUUGUACCCUGCAAGUGAUAAGUAUUCAUUUUUUCAGUUUCUCCAGCAACCUUCAACAGUAGCAUUGGGCUUGCUCAUGCUUCAGACAACGUCAGAAGAAUUGGCCUCACCCAGGGAGGAUUUGAGUAUUGCUAGAAAGACUGAAGUACAUAGGCUGUUGCUUAAUGAAGUUCCCGGCAUCCUCUCUUUACUGACUCAUUUGUUGGACAGAGUCUUAGAAAAACACCGUCGACUUGCAACAACAGUUACCCCACCUCCUUCCCCCACUCAUGGAAUAUCACCAGCCAGGAGUUCUAGUCCUACAGUUUCAGGAUCAAGUUCAUUGUCAAUAUUUACUUCAGCACCCUCCGCAGAUCUGUCACUCCAACAUGCAGGGAGUAGUAACCUCAUGGGACGAUUAUUGAAUAAUUCACCAAUGAAAUCUAGACAGAAUUUAGGACAUCCACUGCCACCUUUAGACUCAGAAUCUGAAGAGAUCAGUUCUCUAGUACUUAAAUGUUUAGCACAUCUGUUUAGCUGGAUCCCUCUGUCGUCCACCAUUACACCUUCACUUGUGUCCACUGUGUUUUAUCUUGCGGAGUUUGGCUGCAGUGUAGUUCCAUCCAGCUCUGGUAGUAGUGUUGUGAGUAAUGCAGAACUAGGUGAGAAUGAAUUUACUACCUUAAACUUUUAGUGUUACUUCAAACAUUAGUGCUUAUUGAGGUAACUGGAAGCUUCAACUGUGGGGCUUAGUAAUAGUGCUUCAACUCCCAAACGUGAUUAACUUGCAACUUCUCCCUAAAAUAUCUGUACAUUUUUCAGCAAACAUGCUAUGAGAAUGUUCAAACUUAUUAGUAGAAUUUGUUGUAUUGAUCUUGCAUCAAAUUCUGAUAACUAAUUUACAAGGAAAUGUGUGGCAGCUGGAGGGGAAAGUAGACAAUCAGAUCUUGGGAGUUAAAGGUUUCACCAUUUAACCAAUUUACCCUACAAUUUCCAUAAGUGACCAAGACAGAAUCUCUCCUUACAUUAUAAAUACAAUAUCAAGUAAACAAGUGAUGAGAAUAAAGAAAAAUAUUAAUUAAGGGAUUAUAAGUCAGUCCAAUGCCACGUUUUCUGAUUUAACAUCAUUAGAAUUGUACAGUAUGGCAAACGGUAAGGAGAGAUACUAAUAUGAUCAUGGGAGUGGAAAAAUUAAAUAUCUAGAGAGACACCUAAGUCCUUGGAAGUAUGUGGUUAAUUUCUUGAAUGCUCAUUUUCCUAAAAAAUCCCCAUUAUUUUAGCCAAAUACUGUCAUUCCUUCCCAAGUCAAACUUCCUUACUAAUGAGAUGGAGCAACAUAUUCUAUAAUAAUUUAACAAUUGUCCUGUUGUGUUUUGCUUCCUGUAGGUGUCUCAGCAAUGACUUGUAUUAAUGAACUGUUGUCUAAGAAUUGUGUGCCUGUAGAGUUUGAAGAGUUCUUGCUGAAGUUGUUUCAGCAAACAUUUCAGCUGUUGCAGAGAAUAACAAAAGAUACAGGGGCUCAAGCUGUGGAAAACCUUCUCACAGAACAAGAUGAAAGGUGAGGAUGUAAAAAGUAUUAUGUAGACAUUUAGAGCAAUUUCUUCCCCUAAAGUAAUUGUUGUGCCCCUUUCAUUUCUCCCCUUUCCUCCAAAAGAGAUAAUAUGGUCUUGUCCAAAAUACAUAAUAUUGCAAAAUGAUCUGCCUGACCAGGUUAGGUCCAGUGAUGUACUCACCAUCAGGCCAAUGUAUCCCUUGCACUGAUCCUACCAGCAUAAUGCGCUUUGAUGGAACUGUUUUAUUAUAAAUGUGAUGACUUUUUUUGCACUGAUUUACCCUCACAUUUUUCAGAAUGGUAUCGGCAAUUCCUCAGGAUUUCUGUUAUCUGUAAAUACAAAUAAAUAUUCUAACAUGUCUGUCUUACUCAUUUUAUUUCAGUUACUUGAAUAAAUUUACAGAGUUCUUGAGACUUUUUGUGAGUAUACACUUGAGAAGAUUUGAAAACAGCUCCCAUUUCCCAGUUCUUGAGCUGUUGAUGUUGCUCUUCAAAUAUACAUUCAAACAGGUCAGUAAAAGAAUUGAACACUCUUUCUGUGUAAUUCUUUUCCCUUACUUAUGCUUUGGCAUAAAGCUAAAUCUUUCAUGCUAUGAAAGUCUAAUUUGUUUAUAAACCUCCUGCAAAUUUCUGGGCCUCUUGGGAUAUAAAUGGAUGAAGGGACAAAGAAUCUGUUUACUGGUUUAGCAGUUAAAAUAAAUUUUACUUUUUACCUGACUGUUAAUUUCUUCUUAUUGAGAGUACUUGUCAUUAUUUAGCCUCAGCUGGAAGGCUUUUUUGCCUGCUUGGACAUUUGGACUGUGUUUCUAGACUAUCUUAUUGGAAAAGUGGCCAAUGCAAGAAGUGAUAAGCUUGCAGAAGCAGAGGCUACUGUUAGCAGGUUUGUUCAAUAAUAAUCAAUAAUCCAACAUACUCUUGAGAACUGAAACAAAAUAAGUAUUGGCAGCACACAUUUAAGUGAGUUAAUGCCUUAUAAAGUUAUCAGAUUUUUUAAUGUUUCACUACCAUUAAGUCAUGUGGACAUGAAGACAUGUUUAUAAUGCCUAAAGAUUCAUCACCUCCUUACAAUUUCAAAUGGAAAUUAUGUUUUUUAUAAUCAACUUUACCACCACUCAAGCAAUCUGUUCCUGUAAGAAGUUUUUUACCUACUUUUUCAUCAAACUAAAAUUAAAUUUUUCAUGAUCAAAAGAUGAACCAUGGGUUUUUUUUCCAUCAUGUGACCUCGAAGAUAGAAUUACCAGUUUACAAAGCUAUCCCUAUUAGCCCAAGGCUAUCAGAGAGCUUUUUUCACUCGUGUAUGCCCCGUUGUUGGUUUCAGGGUUUUAAAAAGUUUUGUUGUGUACUGUGUGUUACUAGAAACAAACAGACUUUGUACUUUUGGUUUCAGGUAUAAAGAAGUGUUGCUGAUGUUGAUAACAGAGCUGCUGAAAAAAAUUCAAUUCCGACAUAAUCGAAAGCAACUUGAGGAGUUGGACGAUGAAACACUAGAUGAUGAUGUAAGUUGACAAUGAAUUUUUUUUUUAUUACACAUGAAUUUAGGAAAAUCAAUUGCUUUAAUCAUUUGAUAUUUAAUAAUUUUACUACACAAAAAUUCUUUAAAGAUUGAAGGAACUAUCAGUAUUUGGUGUUUUGUUUAAAUUCAGUCUGAAACAGAGUGGCAAGCAUUUCAAAGAAAUUGCCUGGAAAUUGUAGCAAAGUUAGCAGAACUCCUACCUGGAGAGACAUUCUCCCUGCUGGUAAGAGGAAGUUAUUUGUUUCAUUUUCUUGCUCUAUGCACUGGUGCUCUUUAAUAAGAGUAAAAGUUUUGCAUCCUCUACCAGAAAGUUAAAUUUUUCAUUAACAUGUACCAGUAGUUAAUCUUUUGUUCUCUUUUAUUAUUUUUAGUUCCCUCUAUUUAGUGAAUAUUGUGAUGUGUACAUUGGUCUUGGAGAGUUUGUUACCAAAACUGCACAUGGUAAGAUUGUUGUUAUUGUCACAGAAAUGUAGAUGUUAAUUAUGAUAAUGUUAUAAUAAUUCUCAGACUCAAAUUAUGACAAAUGUAUGGUAGACAGCACAGAGAAUCUACAUUUAGAUCUUGGGAGUGAAAUGGUUAAUUUGGAUCAAUGUCAGUAUCUGAGCAACUGUGCACCAACUCCUAACCUACCCUUCCCUUAACCCCAACUUGUUAUCAAUUGACUGUGGUUGGGGUUAGGGGAGGGGUAGGUGCGUAGUUAUGCAGAUACUGACAUUAAUUUCAACAUUUCCUUUUGUUCCCAGGCCUUCAGCUUGGGAUCAGCGGUGAAAAUGAAUGUCAUCAAUUGCACUGUUCACUCAGAGACUUGACCACUAUGGAGCGUGCCCUGGGACGACUGUCAGAACACUUUAUCGGUGAAGUGAAUUUUGCCAACAGAUUUAGUGAUGGGGAGGCUAUUGUUGAAAGACUUGGACAGAUUGCAUUAUUUGGCACACAAAGUCAGUUGUUUGCAGUUCAUACAGCCAUGCCUAAUAUUCUUCAACCUGACCUCAUUGAAGUGUAAGACAGAAGUUUUUAAAUCAUAAAAUAAAAAAUUCAUUUUGGAUGAAAGAUUGCCACCAGCAUUUUAUCAGGGUUUCCCUAAUAGGAAACUGUUGCUCAUCUAAUUUUUUGGUGUGACUGAGGCUCUGUGGGAGUAAACUGCUUGGCUCAAGAGCGCAAUAAAAUGACCCCUGGGUUGACUUUAACCCAAACAUUUUUGUUCACGCCCAGAACAAUUAUCCAAGUUUGAGCUUUAAUAGGACAGGACAGGGUACUUCUGUGCUGGGCAGUUGUUUCUUACAGUGCUACUCUCUACCUUGUGAUUUCCAUCAAGAGCAAUUUAGCUGGUGUGCAGACUUGACGUUACGUGUAAUCUGUAUUUGAUGAUUUUCUUUGCCUCUUUAAGCCACGCCCAAGGACUUGCUGCAUUUCAAGCUUACUGCCACUGGAUGGCUCAGUAUUAUUUGGAAACACACAGACAACAACAGCAUCAAGAAAAGUUUGUGACGCUUGUCUCAAAUGCAAUCGAUUCUCUGGUUCCUUUGAUGAACAAGGAAGUAAGUUCUUGUCGCUUCGUCUUUUUGUUUGUGUACCAUGUAUUUGUUACAACUGGCCACCUCUCUUAAGUUUUCACCGUGCAAUAAAAUCCCAAAAAAAAGUCUAAGAGACAAGUCGUUUUAACCGCAGGUUCCUCAAAGAGUUUCUUUACCAGCAUCCCACCUUCUCAACUCCUUGGCAACAACUGUACGUCCAUCAUUUAUGACUGCUCUGGAUAAAGUACAGAAGCUCUUCCAUGAUGUUAGCAGUGGUUCAUUAUCUGACUUGCCACUUGAGGUACAAAUUACCGUCUAAAGUGUACAUAUUAUUAUUGGUAGUAUCUCGACUUACUUCGAAGAAGGUUUUUCUCCUGUGUAAAAGUGUGGUUAAUUUAUCCUCAACAGGUCCAGACCUUAGUUAUACGGUCUUUGUCAAAUGCGUUAGUGUUACCUUGGCCAAAUAAAGCUGACAAUGAACAGGUAAGGAUUGAAGUUAAUGUGAGAUUUCAUAUGGAUAUUACCCGUUCUAUGGCACUAUGGAAUUGUUCUAUUUUGCGCUUUUAAGUUUUUAGUUUGAUAACAUUGCCGCAUUCUUAUGUCCAGGAAUGGGAGGUGCGCUCUCAAAGUCAUCAAACCUUAAUGCAUAGCAUCAAACAGCCUUUCAAGAGUAUUGUGGAAACACCAGGUUUUUCUGGAAACAAACAGCUGCAGGAAAAUGGUGAGUCUGUACGGUUUAACUUGUUGUUUCAUAGUGACAGUUGGUCUAAUCAAUGGUUUGGCUGAGGGGGGCUCAAAUAAAACUUACUAAAAAUAACUGUGAACAUACGAAAGCGGAGAUCGCUUUCUUAUUCACAAAACUUAAUAUAACACUUCAAGAGAGUCGGUUUCAAGAAAUACUUGCAAAGAACCGUCGCAAAAAAAAAAUUACAAACGAAGCUGUUACUUUGCUUACUGUCUCACGAUAAACCGCUCCAUUUUUAGACAAUUAUUGAUAGUGUUAUCACAUUUUUCAUGAUAUUUCACUGAUUUUAUGUGAAUGAUCGAUUUAUCCACAGCCAAGCCUCUUCUUCACUUCACCUUGCACGUGCUGGCUGAUUUGAUGUCUGCCGCAACAGAAGACCAGGUUACCAAGACUAAACUCAUUCUGUACCAGUCCAUCUCAGACGUAGUUCAAAUCACAAUUAAUAUUUUUCCGGUCUACAUCCACUAUCCAGGUAAGAAUAAAGUUGUAGGAAGAUUUAAACACAAUACCAUACCAUGAGGAAGGAAGGUUAAGUUUUAACUCACACUAUUAUACACCUUCUCCUUUCAGAAUCCGGUAUGAAACAAUUAUUGUACGUUACCGUGGCAACUCGCUUCAUGAGCGAAGUAUUUUUAAUUAGGUUCUACACAUUAUCAUCACUUUAAUGAUUAAAUAUUGUAACAAAAGGCUGCCAGUCGUGGCAAGGUACAAUAUUAACAAAGUCAGGCAAACGACACCUUUGAAGUGCUUAUAUAUCGACCAUCAACACAUAUAUAUUUACUUAUGUCUCAUGUCACAGAUACAACCGAUGAGAUCCUGGGCUUCCUGUUGAUGUUGUUCGAGAAUUUGAAGGUUCAACUUGGUCCAGCGGUGACAGAACAGAUCGUUCAACCACUUCUUCACACCUUCACUCGCCAGCAGUUGUCCGAAAUUCUACAUCAUGAGAGUACAGCUGGCUCGCGGGUCAUCAACAAGUUCCUGAAGAUCCUGCAGCUGUUGGUGCAAGAACCUGCUGCAUCUUUCAAGGCUUUCCUCCCUAAUAUUAUCGGGUUAUGUAUGGAGCAGUUAUAUCCGAUUUUAGCCGAGGUAAAUUUCUCUUUUUCACUCUGAAUAGUUUUUGCAUACACUCCACACAAACAAGAAUGCGUCGGGAAUCUUUUCUACCUGAUCUUGUGGUUCAACCUUUCAUAGUUUCGAUCUAAGAAGUAACACCUCAUUUCAUGACAAAGAAACCGUGGUGUUGUUGAUACUGAUUAAUUAUCUUUUUUUUUUCUUUCUUCCUUCCUUUUUCUUCAGCAACCGUGCCCCGACAUCAAAUGUGAAUUUUACGAGUUACUCCAUCAGUUACUACUGCACAACUGGCGUUACUUCUUUCGUGCGUCUCUUCUGGCUUAUAUGUCAAUGGCCGAGGAGACUGUGGAGAACCAGGCCCAGUUUAACUCCGUUAUGCAGGUUUGCAACAGAUUUGAUCCUUGCUGUAACUUGCGAGCUUCAAAUAAAGCUUGAAAUCACAUUAGACGCUGCCGUUCUCUCAUAUCGGAAAACUCGAAUUUCCACGAAGAGCAAUUGUCUGGCAAGUCUCGAAAAUAUUCUGAGAUAGUAUUUUUUUGUGUGUGUGCCCUAUUACGACCUUUGAUUGUUGUAGAAAACUAAGGCUGGUUUCUCGAUAAAGGAGAUGAAAAACAAAACCCAGUUGCCCUUCGAGAAUUCUAAAUUUCAUUUGUUUUGGAUUGCUCUUGUGAUUUGUCAGUUUAUAGUUGGACCAAAACUUAAAUCUGCGUUCCUUACUUUUAAAGCACGUUAGAUGUAGGAAGCACCCUUAGAGUAGCAGUAUUUUGCUGAUUUACGAUUCUUUGAUGUAUGUGUGGUUUUAUUUACAGGCCUUUGGACAGUCUUUUCUUCAACCAGACAUCACGGUUUUCAAGCAGAAUAUCGAAGCUUUAGAAAACCUGAACUCCAAGUGUAAACUUUAUCAAAAGGUUUGUCCUGCUCACCCCUCUGACAAACUCCAGCACAAGCUUUUUCAUUGUUGUCAGAAUUCCGUAAGCUAAUCUUUCUGACGAAGGGCUAAUUCCAGAAGCCCUAGCCCUAGAAACUCUUUACGGCAGCCACUUCUAUCUUGUAAUUACUUUAGAAACUUACCCUCAUUAUUUCUUAAGAGUAGACGAGCCCGUUGCUGUUUUGGCACGGUUUUGCUGAAAGGAAUGGAAUUAGCAUACGGAUUGCGCGCUUAAAGUUUUUGUAUCACAAAUUAUGUUGGCUCGUUUUUUAUAUCAAAAUUCCAGUUGUUUUCAGUGUCAGCGAAGCUCCAACCUAUUCCCAGGUCCUUUUAAGGAAUAUCGUCUCAUCAAAAACCAGAUUACCAUGAUUAAAUUUAUCUAAAAUUUACGGCACACGUUGCAGAGAAUUGCAAUUUAUAUCGUGGGAUUGAAACUGAUAAGUGACAGAUUUUUUGGAGCUCACUCUAAAGUUAAGCUAUGACGAUAACUCGUCCUUUACACUCCCUGGAAAUGACCACUCUUUCCCUCCUUUUCAGCGCAUUUUUAAAGACAGUAUGCUUCUUCAAUUCGUGAACGUCUUCCUUCAAGCGCUGGUGUUUAGAUCACAUGACCUGUUGCAAGAAGAGAUCACGAUCACCUUGUACAACAUGGCAGCUGUGGACUUUGACUCCUUCUACUCAGUGUUCUUACCUCAAUUUCUCGGAGGCUGUGAAGGGCUUACCGACUCACAAAAGACUGAACUGGGAAAUAAUUUCACACCUGAUAAGGUAGUUACUAAAAACGAUUAUGAAGAGACAGUGUGAGUGAUAAGUAGGGGCGUGUCCAAGAAUUUCUCAGGUGGAGUGGAUCCAAACCUCGACUCAGAAAACGCAAGACUUUUUUACAGUAAAGCCAGAAUAAGCUUAGAAAUUCGUGCUAAGGGAGGAAACAUGCGAUGUUAUCAUUGUACUAAAAAAAACUACAUGUCCGAUUGUUCGACAUAAUUUUUACCGGUCUGCCAACUACUGUCUUUACGUGGAGAGAAAUGUUGGCAUAGCGACCGGUCAUUAGUUUUCGCUGAGGGUAGGGGUGCGGAAGAUUUUGGUUGUGUUACGAGAACAUUUACCUAAUCCCACAUAAAGCUCUGUAACAUUCCUUUUGUCUCCUGUCGUUUGCAGUUAGUUAGUAGUCUGUUGGCGAUGACCAACCCCCCUUCCGUUCCCUCCUGAAUAUCAUGUGGUCCCCGACCCUCCCCCCUUCUUUCAGGCAAUAACAAGUGACUGACCCCUUAUUGUUAUUCAUUUUACAUUUAGUGUCUGACAGUAUUAUUGUAUCUUUCCAAUAGGAUCUACCAUCUUUUACUCAGAGUAUUCACCGAUUUGUCGGCGACUUACGGUACUACAGACUAUGUAACAGCAGCCUGCCUUCAGGAACCGUCAAGUUUUAGAACAAAUUUAUUUAGGAAAAAAAAAAGGGAAAAAAAAGGAAAAAAUUAUGUAUUUUAUGGCUGUUUAAAUUAUGACUUCUAUGUAUUUUUAAUCGAGUUGCCUGUGCUCGUGUAAUUUAUAUAUCUGUAACUAUUCUUGUGUAGUUCAUGCUCGUGUAAUUAAGGUAUAAUUAUUGUAUAACGAUCCCAAAGUGGUAAAAAGAGGCAAGAGUCUCUGCUAUAAUGAAAAUACUGUAUAUUUUUUUAUAUUUACAAAAUUGGUACAGUGUAAUUUGCAAGAAAGCAAAAUGGAAUAAUUUUCCCGAAGAAGUUUUAAUUAUGUGUGAACCUCCUCAGUGAAUAAAAUGAAUGUAAAUGG